AUGGCCCAGGCUAUCGGCUUGGUACUACAGAACAACCCCGCUAUUAUGGAGAAAGCUGUAAACGAAGCUGUUCAAGAGGCAAUGAAGAGAGUCUGUGAAAACGGCGUGUCCCGUACGGAGGAAGGCCAGGCUGGCCCGUCUGGCUGUCCCGAAGCCCAGGCGACUCGGAACCAUCGCGGUCCAGGCGCCAACUACGAGCUCGCUACCAGCCAAGUUUUCAGUUCUAUCGUCGAUGCGGAGGCGCAUCUAGCCAAAUACGCCGGACUCGAGCCGGGAUUGAAGAUGGUUCUCAACAAUAGCUACCAAAGAAAACGCAUCAUCUACGGUACGCGUCGCUACCGAUGCCCUCGCGCUCGAUCCGCUGGAUGGAAACGAUGCAGCUUCACAAUGCUGAUAACGACUGGGUCAGAUGGUUCGCGGAUAUGGCGGCAGCGCAAACAUCCCAUUCACGCCAAGUCCGGCGUGGUUUCCAAGCCCAAGUUGUCGGAAGUAGCCUGUGAAGAAGUGAAAAAGUUGGCAAUGGCCGGUUGCCAGCCGAAGAGCACUUUCCGUUAUCUCCGGGAACGAGGCUACCUACCUGCGGGGCUGACACGACAAAAUGUCAUGAUGAAGAUCUAUUACCUCAGGCAGCGAGCUUUCAAGCAUAACGAAGGUAGACCGAUGCCAGGAGGGUCUCUCACAGAGAUAGCGGCGUUUUGCCGUGAACGACAAGUUGUGCCUUGUGAUGAUGAUGAGAGCUUCUGCCUCCAUUAUGUAGACGAUCAGGAUGGCGAGUUCUUCGGCUUUUUUACGACCAGAGGCUUGUUGAAGGCGGGGCAUUCGUGCCCAGUCCUGUCGGCGGAUUUCACCCACAAAUUAUCAUAUUCCCCCUUGGGGGUAUUGCUGAUAGGAGGAAUCUUCCCCGGGAAUCCCCCGCGAUUUCGACUCCUGCUCGCGGGGUUCUCUCUCCAUGAGAGUCAGAAGAGCGUGACGGCGGCAAUGAAUAGUCUGAAGACUAUGAUGAACAACCUGCGGCUGAGCUUUUCUCCCACGAUCUUCGUGGGAGACGCAGCCCCCCAGCUAGGGGGUGCGUUCGAAGAGGUCCACGGGAGAGCACGCCCCCACGGUCUUGUCAGAGUCAAUGGUCGACUGGAGUGGAGUCCCGAUAAUGAUUUCGAUGGAGCUUCAACCAGGCUCUUCUGCCAUGUGCACAUGUGGAGAAAUGUUCUACAGAAGGGGAUGCCGAUGCUGAAAGAGACGGUUGUUAAAGGCUGCACGGCUCCUGCGACUGAUGAAAGCUCCAGAGAAGAACACCGACGUUCUCUCUCACUUUCCUUGGAUGCGAUUGGCUCCGGUCAAACUUAUCAGAAGCUGCGUCUCCGAUUCAAAGAAGCUGUGACCACACUGCAAGUGGCCCCGUCUCCUCAGCACAUCGUCGUGUGUGCGAACCUUAUGGAAAAGGAGUGGUCGCGUGUCUGUAAGCCGUUGUGGGAUUAUUUCUCCGCUCAAUGGUUGGAGCACAAGAUUGGUUGGUGCCAAACUUCUCACGAGCCGUGGGCGGAUAGAGUGGUGCCGCGAAACUCCAAUUGUGUGGAGGCAGCCAACUCGGCGUUAAAGUCCGGUCUCAUCCGAGAGAACAUGGCUCUAUGUGCGUUAAUCUCUGAACUCUGCGCAACAUGUAGCGAUUAUUCGUUCGGAUGUACUCAUGAAGCUGCCGAUCUUAACGACCCCUUGGCACCGACCAAGCAACAAAUGGUGCAGGCUAUGCGAUGGAGCGAAGGGCGAUGUAGGGACCACAUAUAUAUUUCCUUCGAGGAUGAUGCUUACUACGUUCCGAGCGAAGCGUGCUUACGACUUCAUGACGGAGCCGACCCCGAGGAACUUGACAGUGUUGUCUCCGGCUUCCGCGAUAAGUACUUGAGCGAGCAUGAGUCGGCAUGGGAGGACUACUCCGACUACAGCAGAUCAAUGCGGCAGAUCAGAGUGGUGAAGCGUUUCUCUGGGGAUGAAGGCCACGACAAGUAUCCUCGCUCGAGAGCGCUACAGGUCUGCCCCUCUUACAAGAAACGCCAACGCAAGCUUGCAGAAGAGUUUCGAGGAGAGAAUAGUCAGCCGCCUCACCUGCCUGCGGAUCAGUCGAGUAUCCUCCGGGAUGUCACAGACGAGGACCUGGAUGCUCAGUCGAGUGGCGACGAAUCGGAUGCGAUGAGAGAGCACUACAAGAGCUUGAUCGAGGAGGUUGAAGCCGAGGUUGAAGACGGUGAUGAUGACAUGAACAGCAACUCUGAGGCCUCCAGCCGUGAUGAGCAAGAUCCAACUCCUCUCCAGGAUGGUAGCGAAAUCGGCAGGAUUUUCGAGGGAGGUUGCUUGGAGAACACAACCAAUCCCGACGGAACCUCCGAGGAAUCUGUUGGCGAAGAUUCCGACUCCGAUGCGUCUGAUCGGGAAGAAUACGAAGGCGAGUCAGAUGGCAAAGAAUACGAGGGCGAUGAGUUCGAUGAAGCAUCAUUUGAUGGGGAAGAUGGUAUAUGUGAUGGAGGCGAUGAAAUGAAAAAAGCUGCUGUGUAG